UCUUCUCUGACGGCUCAGCCAAUAGCCGCUCAAGCCGUUACAAGGGUGACGUCAGAGAAGGUAUAAGUGCACGACCUCAGCCACUUUCACAGCAAAAUCCCCUUUCACGGAGAUCCACAGGGUUUUAUUCACACAUCUCUGGUCAACAAACUCUAAAGAGAGUUCGCCAUGGCUCGUACCAAGCAGACGGCCCGUAAGUCCACCGGAGGGAAGGCUCCGCGGAAGCAGCUCGCGACCAAAGCCGCCCGGAAGAGCGCCCCGUCCACCGGCGGCGUGAAGAAGCCCCAUCGUUAUAGGCCCGGGACCGUGGCUCUGAGGGAGAUCCGCCGCUACCAGAAGUCCACGGAGCUGCUGAUCCGCAAGCUGCCGUUCCAGCGGCUGGUCAGGGAGAUCGCUCAGGACUUCAAGACCGACCUGCGCUUCCAGAGCGCCGCCAUCGGGGCUCUGCAGGAGGCCAGCGAGGCGUACCUGGUGGGUCUGUUCGAGGACACCAACCUGUGCGCCAUCCACGCCAAGAGGGUCACCAUCAUGCCCAAAGACAUCCAGCUGGCCCGCAGGAUAAGGGGGGAGAGGGCUUAGGCGCCCGACGCCACAGAUCCUAUUUAUCAUACUUAACCAUCUUGUGGACAUUUUUUAUUUCUUGGGUUUUUAUAAGUUCUCUUUGAAUUUUGUAUUUUUAGAGUGAUCCAAUAAAACCAACCAUUCCACAGCCCCCCCUCAUGUACACUAAAGACAGUUGUCUGCCUGCCCCCCCUCCCUUGGUUCGUUGUACACCAUGUGACCCGAACUGCAUUCUGGAGGUUCUUCCUGGGGUGGAGUUCAGUCAUUGUAACGUGAAUGCCAGCAUGUUUCCGAUCGCCUCACUGCAGUGUGGGGGUGUCCGGGUCCCUCUGUACUCUGGGAGGAGCAGACCGUGUUCCUCUGACCCCCCCACCCCAAAUCUUGGCAGCUACAUUUAAUACUAUUUAUGGAAUGUUGUCACGUUUCUAUUAAAUGUCUUUAUGAGUAGAA